AAAGAUUUGAUGGCAGCAUGCUGUUACUGCCCCUACUUCCUCUUCAUACUUUUCUUAAUUAUGCUUUGUAAGAAACUUCUCAUACAACGUGUGCUUUAUCUUCUCGCCCCCCCCCCCCCCCCCAUAUGUUAAAGCUGCUUGAACCCUGAGGUAUCUCAAGAUUAAAGAUAGCCAAACGCUGACACAUUUCCUUUAUGUAAAUUCCACUAGCAGUGCUUGUGGUGAUGCAGAAGUAACACCAGCAUUGUAAUGGGCUCUGCGGGGCUGGCUUGUCAGGAGAGGCAGUGAACCUAGACGGCCAAGUUAAGUAGAACCUGCUCUACCUGCUGCACCGUUCAGAAAAACACACACACACUCUCCAAAAAAAAAAAAGAAGAAGAAGAAGCCGGCGAUGAAAGACAGCUUUCUGCCGUAGUUCCUAUUUUCUCCGUCUUGUUUCUGCUGCGUUGUCAUCUGGGGAGCGCCGCUGUGAUUUUUACAAGCUGCCUGUCAGCGUUCAAGACGGGCUUUGAAGUGGAGGCGCGUCCCCCUUCGCUCUCUCUGUCUCCCUUUUUUUUUUUUUUUGUUUGUGGUCUGUGUUUUUGGAGAUGCCAUCCAGACUGACUGGAGACAAAUGGGCGACUUAGAUCUUCAGGUGAUGGAUUUAUGGACAGAACACCAUGAGAGGAUUAUUUUGGAUUUAUUUCACGUGCAUCUCCCCGGUCCAUCAUGCAAGUGAUCUUUCAUGGGGUUUCUGUCCUCCUUGGAUUCCAACAUGGAGAUGACUUCUUCCUACCGACCUGUUCUUCAAUCUGAUUUAUAAUGACUUUCUGCUGGGACACUUUUCUCCAGUGCCACACUCUCGCCAUGAUAAGCAAGUAUGAGCAGUAUUACAACAAGUCUGUUAUUUCUGUAUAUUAUGCCUAUGCCAAGAAUCUCUCGCAGAGUGACAUCAAUGAGAAGUCGAAGGAAAGCCUCUCAGUCAUGUCCAUCUUCUUCAUUUUGAUGUGCUGCAUUAUUAUUUUGGAGAACCUUUUGGUCCUGGCGGCCGUCUGCAGGAAUAAAAAAUUCCACUCUGCGAUGUUCUUCUUUAUUGGAAACUUGGCCUUUUCCGAUCUUCUGGCUGGAUCGGCCUACAUUGCAAACAUUUUGCUGUCUGGGAAGAGGACGUUUGAACUUGUACCCGUGGAGUGGUUUAUUCGGGAGGGUACCGCUUUCAUCACCCUUGCGGCUUCGAUUUUCAGCCUCCUGGCGAUUGCCAUUGAGCGGUUUACUGCGAUAACCAAGGUCAAAGUCUAUGGGAGCAACAAAAGCUGCCGCAUGUUCUUUCUAAUUGGAGCCUGCUGGGUGACUUCCAUAUUGAUCGGAUGCAUGCCCAUUAUAGGCUGGAACUGCAUUAAUAACCUCUCGGACUGCUCUUUUGUCCUCCCCUUAUACUCCAAAAGGUACAUUUUCUUUGUGGUCACCAUCUUCACGUUGAUCCUCUUCUCCAUUGUGGUUCUUUACGUACGCAUUUACCUGAUUGUGAAAUCCAGUCACCGGGAAACCACAGCUUCCCCAACCUACGCCUUGCUAAAGACGGUGACCAUCGUUCUCGGAGUCUUCAUUAUCUGCUGGCUGCCAGCCUUUACCAUCCUGCUGUUAGACGUUUCUUGUGCCAAGCUUUCCUGCCCAAUUCUCUCCAAGUCCAAGUAUUUUUUUGGCUUUGCCACACUGAACUGUGCCCUUAAUCCUGUAAUUUACACACUAAGGAGCAAAGACAUGAGGAGGGAAUUCCUGCGGGUCAUCUGCUGCUGGGGACUCUUUCACAGUGGACGAUCGACCGACUGCUGUAUGAUUCCUCUCAAAGGCUCCACCACGUUGGAACACUGCACGUUUAAGCACGAGCAGCCCACCACCCCGAUCAUGCAGGACUGCACCACGUUUGUAUAAUCACGUCAAGGCUGUGAAUCCCAAGCGGACUGCGUGUGCAGAUACAGUGUUAAGAUAACCAAAGACUGCAAAGAGAGCUCACGAGCAGAGCUUUACAGAGCUAUGGCGAACAAAAUGAGAUAAUAGAUAAUGAGGUGGGAGAGCUGCUUCAGUCACUGCGUGCUGAGGUACAUGGCAGGAAGCGGCCGAUAGAUAGGAAGCUGCGGUUGUGAAUUUUACAGCUAUCUGAAUCUGUGAAAAAAGAAAAAAAUAAUAAGUAAGCACCACGGUGUGUCUGAAUUUCACAGCAUCUACAUAAUCCCUGCAUGUGUCAGUAUAAGCAGACUUCGGUAUAGAAAAACCCAAAGGGUGUAAAAGAGGGGCGCGCGAAUGAAACUGAAUGUAUGACGUGUUAGCUGUUGGCAGAUCAGUGUCUUCCUUUGCCUUUCCUGGAGCUGUAUUAGCAGAUUUGUAUUUGCAAAGAAAUGUCAAAUUAUAAAGUAAACACGAGAAGGGGGGGGGGGGGGGUAAUCUACCGUUAGCAGGCUGAUGCUUCAGUGAUAUCGAUCCAGAAGAGAGAAUAUGCACUUAUAAUUUACGACUUGACCUCCUCUGGACCUCUCUACCUUUACCACCACUACGCCUGAAUUCCACAUUCCUCGCUAAAGAAUCGAAUUAACAGCAGCAGUCAUUGUACAGACAUUUGUUUUAGUUACAGCCAAGUGUUGAUACCGCGUAAAGUCAGGAAAAGAAAGCAAAAAAAAAAAAAAUAAAGUUCUGAUUUGGUCAGACAACAAAGGUUCUUCUGUAUUUAAACAGCGCAGGAGUCACAACCAUCAUAUAAGUAUUCACUUACUCAAAGCCUGUAGACUUGGGGGGUUUAUUGAGGUCAUAUGUAUUAGCAAGAGGGCCUUUAAAGUGUAAUGGUGGGCAGUGCGGAGGGCAUUGCUACCUCGCUGCAUUUACACCCCUGUUUGACUCCUUGUGUGGAGUUCACGUAUUCGUUUUGGCUUCAUUCUACAGUUGAAAGAUAUGUUUUAUGGUUAAUAAUCCUAAACUGACCUGGCGUGAAUGAAUGUGCGCCACUCAGUGAACGCAAUCGCAUUUAAGAGGGCUUCAACAAGCCAUGGCCUUUCUAUGUAUUGAUGAGCAUAAGGCAGAAAUCUGCAAAGCCUCCAUUAUGGGGCAGAGCAGGGCAGGGCAGACUCCCUAAUACCAAAUGAGUUUAAAGUUGGCCAAUUCACUUUUACCUAAAAAAAAAAAAUGUAAACAGACGUGGGGGGAAUGAGAAAUUUCCAAACAGAAACCAAAUUGACCAGCCUGGGAUUCCCACCCAGUCACCUGGCGCUGCGAGGACACCAACACUAACCACAGAUGUGCUCUGCAAUAGACUGGCAUCCUGUUAAGGGGCUGCCUGGCUCCUGCCUUGUGCAUAUCGCUGCCAGGAUAGGCUGUGGCUCACUGGUGCCCUAUGAAGGGAAAGCAGGCUCAGAAAAUGUAGGGAUCAGCGAAUAAUGUGCUUCAUGAGUGGAUGCCAUAAGAACUCGGAUAGUUAAGCAGCAUGUCUGUAGAUUUGUAUGUAUUUAGUAAAUUAUUAGAAUACAUGGCUUUUUAUGGAAAUAUUUUAAAACGUCCCACGGAAAAGUGAUAAACGGUUGUCUAACCAUCAACUUGGAAAAUGUUGAAAAAUGCCUGUAUGUGUGUAAGUGUGGAAAUCAAAUGUCAUGCAGAUCAUGUCCACUUAUUCUCCUGUAGUUUCUUAGGAUCAGUAAUUCUAUCUAUCUAUCUAUCUAUCUAUCUAUCUAUCUAUCUAUCUAUCUAUCUAUCUAUCUAUCUAUCUAUCUAUCUAUCUAUCUAUCCUGCCUACUAUACUAAAAUCUAUCUAUCUAUCUAUCUAUCUAUCUAUCUAUCUAUCUAUCUAUCUAUCUAUCUAUCUAUCUAUCUAUCUAUCUAUCUAUGUUAUCCUGCCUACUAUACUAAUAUCUGUCUACAGUAUCUAUCAUAUAGUGCCUGUCUAUCUAAAUCACAAUUCCACUUAUAUUUCAGUACCCACGCUACAGUGGCAGAGUGGGCCAAUUCACUCGUUUAAUUCCAGGGUUUUCCCAAAUGUGGACCUUUCACACAAAAUACACAAGAUCAGUUAGACCGUAACCGCACUGCGUUUUUGUUUUCCUAAUUUUGCCCUGUGUCCCCAAGUCUUUUCCUUUUGCAUGCUUCAGGAACACACACUGUUUUCUGUAACAUCCGAUGAAAAUGUCCAAAAUGGCCUGGUAAACCUGGCGGGUAGUACCGUCUUCCCCUUGCCUUAGAGCUUCUUUUGCUAACCUUUUGAAUGCCUUGAUGGGAUAUGUCUUUGCUUUAUUUGGCCUCUAAUGUUGAAAUGUUUUCUUGAGUGUGUAGCGAUAAUCUACACAUUGCAACCCUGUUUUUCUCAUAAUUUGUGUGCAGGUCCAAUUUGGGUCAAUGAGAGAAAACAAAAGUGCAGCUGGGAUGUGUCUUCACUUUUGCCAACAAAUGUGCGUUUUACUUACCCUCUAACUCCCACUCAAAUGUAUAUUUGUACUAAAAAGCUUUACAUAUAAAGUACUCAUAAACUGCCAUAUGCAAGACGCUCCAUUCAAAGGUUUUUUUUAAGUCGUUAGAAUGCAGCAUUGGGCUUAAUAACUUUAAUACCCCAUCUAGUCUUUGGCAACUGAGUUGCUAACAAUUCACCUUCAAAUUGCAAUUUCAUAUUAUUUCCACAACCUCUCCUUCUUACACUCAUUGAAGUCAAGGUUUUGCCCCCAUUGCUUUGUUACUUUAUGACAAAGGGCAGCAUGAGACACAGUGGUUAGCACCGCAGCCUCCCAGCUCAGUCCCUACCUGUGUGGAGUUUGCAUGUUCCCCCUUUGCCCGCCUGGAUGCCCCUCCUGUGUUCCAGUGAUGUGUAAAUGAUCUCAACAUGUGCCCCUUGUGAUUGAGUGUGGUCCGUGAGCGGACCCUGGGAUGGCAUGACUCUCUGUCCAGCCCUACAGAGUAUAAAAUGAACCAGUGGCCCUUGUGGAUUCACCGUAAGCACAGGCAGCCGUCCUCGUCUCUUCCGCCUCUUUUAGAGAGGCACAUUUUGCAUUUUAGAAUUGGCUUUCUCUUGAUUUUCAAAGCACUUAUUUCACUCUCCAUUAAAUGACCAGAGACGGCAGCACACGUUCUCAAUUUGCUCUUCGCUCUCCGGUAACGCUUAGUCUAUAUUUCUUUUUUUAUUUAAUGUACAGCACAGUUCUUUGUGGGUUUGCCAUGUCUCAGUGUGAUCAGGACCCUCCAGUGCUUAGGACCCAAUGUCUGUCAGAAACAUCAGCAUUGUGAAGAACAUGACACAUUUUGAACAAUCCUUUUUAAUUCUGUUUGGGUGAUAACACUGCAUAGAUUAUAAUUUGUAGGACAUUUUUGUCCGCACCCAGAAAACGGAGAGAACUCUGAUCAGAAUGUUUAAGGGUUCUACACUAAAAUGGCUUCCAAAAUAGAAGACACUGCCAAGUGAAAGGACCCCCUUCCUAGUGAAGCAAAACAAAACUUUAAAAACUUGACUCAGUAAAGCGAGCUACUUUAAUAAAAAAAAAAAGAAAAAAUCUAUUUACAAAAAUUCAUCUUUUUGAUAAAAUGGUAUCCCUUGUCUCCCCAUCCCACGUCCCUAAACUUAAGCGUGUUGUGUCAAUGGCUUGAUGGACGCUAUUUCGUAAAAGUGUCCACAGAGGGGGCAGCACAGCUUGUGGUUGAGGCCCACUCCCGGGAUGUCCUCUGUGACGACUCUGCAUGUUACCCCCCAUCAUUUCUUACUGUAGUCAGGAUUGUUGCCGGCUCUGAAUUGUCCCCUCUUGAGUCCGAAUACCCUGUUGUGGGCCAGCCUCCCUCCUAAGUUUGGUUCCUGCCUUGUAACCCAUCGCUCCUUGAAUGCUCUCUGAGACCCUGUCAUGAAAAAGUAGGCCUGUCAGGCAGGGUGUGGCGGGGUCUCUUUCCAUUUAUUUUAGGUGUUGGUGUGUAUACUCUGUAAAUAGAAGACAGUAUUGUAAGGACGCUAGGGGGACGUUGUUGUCCGAUUUUGUUACUUUCCCUACAUAUACCGUAGGUAGAUAUAAGCAAAGUGUUGUGAAAAUAUUUCCUUAGAGUUAGACAUCCCUGACUACUUUUCAAAGAGACGUCUGUGUGUCAGGGUGAAGCUCUGCAGACACAAUAACUUGAAAAUGAAUCACACAAUCCAGGUGAGACUUAACUUGUAUUGUUCACAGCUUACGAAUUUUGUGACAAAAUCGCCCCCAGUGGAUUUUCCACUACCUGUAUAACAAUUGGCGUAUGUCAUCGGGAAAGUAACUCGACGGCAUCCAAAUUUUGAAAUCACGGCUUUACUUUUGUAGAAAUGUAAUUUGAUCUUUUAUUUUUCCUUGUGUUUUCUUUUCUUGCGUACCUCCAAAGACAAUCUCAAAGUCACAAGCAAGGCAAGAAUGCUGAAGUGUUGCAACACUGCGGUGUCCUAAUCUCUGACAGACAUCACAGAGGUUAUCGGCAGGAUUCUUCAAAUUCCACAUCCCUAACAUCACAAUGACGAGAAGAUUCCAGAAACACAGAGUUAUAUUUGAGAGGAGAUAUUUAAAAAAGAUUUCACACGUUGAAUUAGCGACUUUCAUGAUCGUUUUUGUACUAGUGAAAGACACGGACCUAACUAAUUAUUUUAUUACCUAAAAUUUUUUGACUUUCCAGGACAUGUUAGAUCAUAAGCUUCUGAUGAAGACCAAGAUCAAGGUGCCAGUCCCAUUAGUUUGUUAGUAAUCACAUGACAGACAGACAUUAGCAUUUUACAGUUGUGCUUGAAAGUUUGUGAACCCUUUAGAAUUUUCUAGAUUUCUGCAUAAAUAUGACCUAAAACAUCAUCAGAUUUUCACUCAAGUCCUAAAAGUAGAUAAAGCGAAACCAGUUAAACAAAUGAGACAAAAAUAUUAUACUUGGUCAUUUAUUUAUUAAGGAAAAUGAUCGAAUAUUACAUAUUUGUGAGUGGCAAAAGUAUGUUUCAGUAUCAGUAUCUGGUGUGACCCCCCUUUGCAGCAAUAACUGCAACUGAACGUUUCCGGUGACUGUUGAUCAGUCCUGCACACCGGCUUGGAGGAAUUUGAGCCCAUUCCUCCAUACAGAACAGCUUCAACUCUGGGAUGUUGGUGGGUUUCCUCACAUUAACUGCUCACUUCAGGUCCUUCCACAACAUUUCGAUUGGAUUAAGGUCAGGACUUUGACUUGGCCAUUCCAAAAUAUUAACUUUAUUCUUCUUUAACCAUUCUUUGGUAGAACGACUUGUGUGCUUAGGGUCGUUGUCUUGCUGCAUGACCCAUCUUCUCUUGAGAUCCAGUUCAUGGACAGAUGUCCUGAUAUUUUCCUUUAGAAUUCUCUGAUAUAAUUCAGAAUUCAUUGCUCCAUCAAUGAAGGCAAGCCGUCCUGGCCCAGAUGCAGCAAAACAGGCCCAAACCAUGAUACUACCACCACCAUGUUUCACAGAUGGGAUAAGGUUCUUAUGCUGGAAUGCAGUGUUUUCCUUUCUCCAAACAUAAUGCUUCUCAUUUAAACCAAAAUGUUCUAUUUUGGUCUCAUCCGUCCACAAAACAUUCUUCCAAUAGCCUUCUGGUUUGUCCACGUGAUCUUUAGCAAACUGCAGACGAGCAGCAAUGUUUUUUGUUGGAGAGCAGUGGCUUUCUCCUUGCAACCCUGCCAUGCACACCAUUGUUGUUGAGUGUUCUUCUGAUGGUGGACUCAUGAACAUGAACAUUAGCCAAUGUGAGAGAGGCCUUCAGUUGCUUAGAAGUUACCCUGGGGUCCUUUGUGACCUCGCCGACUAUUACACACCUUGCUCUUAGAGUGAUCUUUGUUGGUUGACCAUUCCUGGGGAGGGUAACAAUGGUCUUGAAUUUCCUCCAUUUGUACACAAUCUGUCUGACUGUGGAUUGGUGGAGUCCAAACUCUUUAGAGAUGGUUUUGUAACCUUUUCCAGCCUGAUGAACAUCAACAACUCUUUUUCUGAGGUCUUCAGAAAUCUCCUUUGUUCAUGCCACGAUACACUUCCACAAACAUGUGUUGUGAAGAGCAGACUUUUCUAGAUCCCUGUUCUUUAAACAACACAGGGUGCCCACUCACACCUGAUUGUCAUCCCAUUGAUUGAAAACACCGGACUCGAAUCUCACCUUCAAACUAACUGCUAAUCCUAGAGGUCCACAUACUUUUGCCACUCACAAAUAUGUAAUAUUCAAUCAUUUUCCUCAAUAAAUAAAUGACCAAGUAUAAUAUUUUUGUCUUAUUUGUUUAACUGGCUUCUCUUUAUCAACUUUUAGGACUUGAGUGACAAUCUGAUGAUGUUUUAGGUCAUAUUUAUGCAGAGAUAUAGAAAAUUCUAAAGGGUUCACAAACUUCCAAGCACAACUGUAUAUAUACAGUAUGAGUCAAUGUGGGACGUGACACAUUCUUCCCGUAUCUGCAGAAGCGUUUUUUCAAGUUUUCAGAUGUGUGUUAAGUUAACUUUGAUGACUAAAUUGACUCCCCUCUCUAGGGAUAGUCCCUGAUACCUCCAGCGUGAGUCUCAGCCCACCACGGCCCUGUAGAUGAACUUGAGACCGUCGAGUUAAAGACAGCGAGUCUAUUCUAUGGUCUUCAGUACCCAAUCAAGUUCCUGUUGGUCAGUUUUGGGUUUUUUUUUUUUUGGACAGCAUAGCUUCUUUCUGCGAAGACUCAGACUGCUGCAGGCAGCUCGGCAGAAGGUUUCCUGUUUGUCUCAAGCAAAGCACCAAGCAGCUGCGUCAGGCUCUGUCAGUGCACCAGCCACGUCCCACCUGAUGCCUCCCCUCCACACGAUCUAGUCCGAUUCUUAUGGCAGGCUCUACCAAAACUACAUUUCCCAGUUUAGGAAUAAAUGUCCUAUACCCCGCGCACUUCCAAACCUGCUCUUUUGUUUAUCUUUGGACUCUAGAACUGAGGUCGCCAACUCCAGUCCUGGAAGACCCCCAGUGGCUGCUGGUUUUCAUUCUCACCAUUUUCUUAAUCAGUGACCUGUUUUUGCUGCUAAUUAACUUCUUUUGAAUUCAUUGUAAUUGACUUGUUCUUGAAGACCAGGACCCCUUAAUUGUUUCUCUUUUUCCUUAAUUAGCUGCCAAACAAUAAUGAGAUACAAAAUAAGCCAAAACAACUGGUGUCCAUCAUAUAAUAUCUUAAAAUAAAGAAAGAUGAAGGUCUCAGGAAUGUUGAUCCGCUCAGGUCACCUAAAACAUUUGACCAGAGCUCUUAGAAAAGAGAAUAUCAACAGUUUUCGUAAAUGUCUGCUAUUGCACAAUGAGAGCAGCAACGAGCCAUUGAAUUAAAGAACGGGUUUAAUGAACAUCAAGACUCGACGCCUAAUUAAGCAACUGGUUGGAGCUUGAGGCCCUGACUUAUAUUGGUCUUCUGUUGGCUCAUUCACUUCACACUUCAUUUCUGUUUAAGGAAAGCAAUGAAGCAAUUCAGAGGAGCAAAUCUUAAAAAGCUAGUCAAUUAAAAUGAAUUCACAAGAAGUUAAUUAGCAGCACAAACAGGGCACUGUUUGAAAACCAGCAGCCAUGGUGGUCCUCCAGGACCGGACUUGGUGACCCCUGAUCUAGAAUUUUUUGGUUGUUUUUCAGGAGCAAUAGCUUAAGAGCCAGCUCAACAGUGUGAGCUAGGAGGGCUGUCUCGUUAAAAUCCCCUCGAAUUUACUCGAUGCCUAUGUCUUCUCCAUGAUCUUCAGUAUGUGGCUGCAUUGUAAACGAUAUCAGAGAUGUCCCCUGUUUGAUUUAACUGCCUUCAGCCCAUUCCACUGAAGCUUUAGGCCCGUUCACUUCAGCUUUGGACAAGGAGGUACAAUGGCGUACAGCAGGGACAAACACCAGCAGUAGGGCCGAACCCCCCCCCCCCCCCCCCCCCCCAAACCCCCAAACUCGCACACAAUGCAUUAAAAGAAGAUUCACCUCAUUGUUGUCACCCGGUUCACUUUCUGCCGUCAGUCUUUUCUGUUGUGUGACCGGUUACUUUCUAUUCCGUGGUGUAACCGACCGGUCACUUUGUAUUCCAAAUUGCGAUACUAAGAGACGUAACAUCUCAAAACCUAAGCCCGGUGAAUAUGAGAGACGCAAAAACACCGAAACAAAGUCGGGGAUACCAACGUGUUAGCUUUGUAUAGUUGGUUUAGGCAAAAAAAAAUGUCAGUCUUUACAGACAAGAGCUCAAAACAGAACUGAAGAACAAUGCAGAGCAGAGCUUUUAUAUGGCAGGUAGACAGGAAGGGGUGGGGCCAGUAAACCAGAAAUGACAUCAGAGGUGGAAGAGCAGAGGGAGGAUUAGAGCACAGCGCCCACCCCUGGCUUGGCAGGAGCUCACAGUUACUUGAGCCCCUCAGUUUUCUCCUACGUGCGCGUGUCUGACAAUACAAACAUCUCAAAUUUUGUUUUUUGAGGCAGGAAAAAAAAUUAAACUUAAUAUUUUGGACAAAGGUGUAACAUGGCUGAAAGUCUGGCUACUUCAGAGCGGGGCCUCAUGAAAUUUAUUGCAUGCAUUUUUUUCAUCAGUUCAGGGUCCUGGAGCCCGUCCACCACAGAGACAUGAAAUAUGUGAUUUUUCUAAACCAGGGGUGUCCAGGUCUGGUUCUGGAGGAUCACCGCAGCAGCUGCAGGUUUUUGUUCUAUCCAUGUUCUAAAUUGGUGACCCAUUUAUGCUGAUAUUUCACCUCUGCUGUCUUCAGUCUGACUGACUUGCAAUUUAAGCCUCGGACCCCCUUAAUUGCUUAAUGGCUGCCAGAUAAAAAUGAGAUAAUCUGUUUCUCUGUAAGCCCACUUCAUUAAUCCAUUUUAUGAUUCUGAUUGGCUGGAGCCUACAAUGAAGCCCCCCUCCACUUUGUGUGAUGAUGAUGAUGAUGAAGUGUAUAAGGAGGGUGCUGUGUGAAAUGUGAGCAUUGAUUGUGUGUGAUAAGAGUAUUAGAUUUUUGUCGCCCCAUCUUGGGCUGCUUCUUACAAGUGUAGCCCCUCUCCCCUGGCACAGAGUAUUCAUAGGGUCCUGUUUGUUUAUGGUGUAUACCUGCUUGGCGUGGUCUCAGCACAAUAAACAGGACAGAAAGCACUCAAUCAGUUUAUUGUUGCACACUUAGGUAUUGAAAUGAGCGCAUGCAUCACAUCCAUUCACUCACUUAGCUGCUUUGGGGGUCCUGAGGAGACAUGGCUGAAUGAAUUGUGUCUUAUUUCACUUAAACGCUUCACAGGGGCAAAGACUCUCCUGGCAACUUGAAGCUGAAGACCAGGUGCCAGUCAAUGGCAUAGCCCAGUCACACACACACACACACACACACCUACAGUUGUUCUCCCACAGGGCCACUUUGGAAUCGAAGGAUCUGUGAGGCAGCUGCACUAACCACUGCGUCACCAUGCUGCACUUCAAAUAUACAAAACCAGUUAUGUAAUGAGCCCUUUUUUUUUUUUUUGUUUCACUUCUACUGUGCCAGCGUCUGCAUGAAUUAAGAGAGCAGUCUUGAAGCACGUCAGCCAGGUUUGGCUGCCUCAUGAUGGCUGCCAGUCUUGAACCUUUUUAUGGUAUUGAGAGGGAUCUAAAAAAAUAAAAGUCCGGGGUCCUAGAAAUGGUUAAAUCAAUCAUCCAUGACAAAUGAGAUCUCCUCAAGGGUCUCUGUCAGACCCCAAUGCAUCAACACUAAAAUAAUCUUUUAGGCCGACUUGGGGACAAUGCUUCCUUCAAGUGUCACCUGUCCUGUAUCCAUUUGCCUUUUUUUUUUUUAAUUAUUUCUGCUCAGUUUUUCCUUCCAGCUUUGGCACCGACACUGUUAACUCUUUCCUACCCCCCAUAUGCAGAACCCCCCCCCCCCCCACACACACACACACACACACAUUUUGUUCUCAUUAACUCUGAAAGGCAGGCAGGACAUGAUGAUGUGCACCUACACAGCAGCCAGCCUUGACCUGUGGUGAUGGUUGGGGGGGGAGGGGGGUGUUGGGGGGUCACGCAUCUUGGAUUUUAAAAAAAAAAAAAAAACAAAACUGAUAUUUAGAAGCUGGUGAACAGAAUGGAGAGCAGGUUUGGCUCCACUUUACAGACUACAGGAAUUCCUGUGUUUUAUGUGCGGUUCCUGCUGUUUACAGGACUUAAGGUGACGUGGAUUCAAAUUUCCGGGAAGUUUGUGCUCCCCAGUUUGGACUUAAAUAUAACAAGGGUGGACGGGCCUGGCCUUGGCCAGAAAUGACGGCUGGAGGUGAUCACGAUUAGGAGCCGGGACUGCGUCUUGUUUAGCGCCACCUUUGGUUUUCUUUUCUUUUGUGUUUUUUUUUUUUUUUUUUGACUCUUCAGUGAGGGUCUCGCCGCUUUCUUCAUUAAGCCUCUUCAAAGCAGCAAGCGUCUAGUGAGCAGACACCAUUGUCUGGGGUGAAAUGUCGACACGGACUGCACCACCUCUGAACUGAUCCAAAGAACUGCACUCCUGUACAUUGUGCCAGAGCAAAACUCAACCAGAAACCCGCCGAAUUGGGUGCCAUCAGAGGGAACGGCCGGACCACACGGGUCCACUCCUGUUAUUUAACUUGCUACUCCGCAAUAUGCACGCCAUGCUUGUGUGUUUCCAUGCAAAGAGCGUCACACAAGUCACUAUGUCUGGUCAUGUUUGGUCACACAUGUCAUUAUGUCUGGCUGUGUUUGGUCACACACAUCACUAUUUCUGGCCGUGUUUGGUCACACACGUCAUUAUGUCCGACCGUGUUUGGUCACACACAUGUCAUUAUGUCUGGCUGUGUUUGGUCACACACGUCAUUAUGUCCGACCGUGUUUGGUCACACAUGUCAUUAUGUCUGGCUGUGUUUGGUCACACACAUGUCAUUAUGUCUGGCUGUGUUUGGUCACACACAUGUCAUUAUGUCUGGCUGUGUUUGGUCACACACAUCAUUAUUUCCGGCCGUGUUUGGUCACACACAUCAUUAUUUCCGGCCGUGUUUGGUCACACAUGUCAUUAUGUCUGGCCGUGUUUGGUCACACACGUCACUGUCUGGCCGUGUUUGGUCACACACGUCACUAUCUGGCCGUGUUUUGUCACACAUGUCAUUAUGUCCGGCUGUGUUUGGUCACACAUGUCAUUAUGUCCAGCUGUGUUUUGUCACACAUGUCAUUAUGUCUGGCCGUGUUUGGUCACACACGUCACUGUCUGGCCGUGUUUGGUCACACACGUCACUCUCUGGCCGUGUUUUGUCACACACGUCAUCAUGUUCGGCCGUGUUUGGUCACACACGUCACUAUGUCCAGCUGUGUUUGGUCACACACGUCACUCUGCCGAGUGCUGCUCAUACUAACCACACACUCCAUCCUCCCAGCUCCUAUUCUUAUUCUUCUUAUUAUUUUAUUUCGCAUUUCCUUUUGUCUUACAGCAGUGUUUUAUGGUGCCACAUUAAUGGCGUACACACUUGUAUGAGAGUAAAGGGAACGGUGUGGGAAAAAAACAAAAUCAACUAUUGUUUCCAAUGAAAAAAAUGCCAGCAUGACCUGAAAAGUGAAGGAUUUUUAAUAACAUGAACAAAUUUGCUCAUGGCUGUGGGAAAUGCUUUUUUUAUUUUCCUCAAACAGACGGGCGAAUGAGAGACGCUUGUACGGUGUAUAAACCCAUUUGUUUUAUUUUGCCUUGGGAGUCGACGUCAAAGCUCGGCCCACCGCUCUCCUUCUGGCUUAGCCCCCUUUUUCUUCCUGUGCAAUGGCGCCGUGUGUCGUGUCGUGUCCGCCUUGCGAAGCUACGCCGUGUAAUCCUGUGGAGGUCUCGUACGCCUUGUAACGUGUGAGUGUGUGUGUCCGUCCUGUGCCGCGUGUUUCUGUGUGCAAUAAUCUGUGUCAGUGUUCUGCACAAGUGGGCCAUCAUCGGUACAUUUAAGUAACUCAGCACUACUUUAUUUGUACGAAUUCAAGUACUGCUGUUUAGUUUUUUUCUUUCCUUUUUUUUAUUAAAAUGAUCCAAUGGUACUAAAAUAAACCCAACAAAAAAAAUAAC